UGGUUCUUCUUAUCCUUUCUAUUACUUGAGUUGAGCAGUGGGUGUGAUCUGAAAGUGAAGGUGAAGAAAUGCUUCUUCAAACGAGGCAAUUUGGCACAGCGUGUCCAUGGGUCAGACUCACACCCGCAAGCAAAAGAAAUAGCUCAGUCUCAUUGAGAAGGAGCAAUUGUGGCCCAAAAUGUUCGGUGUCCCAAUUGGAAUUGAAGAGUGAGAGUGAGAGCAAAACGAAGCCGUAUCCAGCAGAGGCAUCGAGGACCAUAAUGGAGUUGGCUAAGGUGGGCACGCUGUGUACGUUGACCCAAGAGGGUUUGCCACUUGGUACUGGGGUUCGAUUCGCGGUUGACCCUGAACAUGGCACUCCCUUGUUCUGCUUCAAUUCCACUGACAACACUAACAUCCCCUCUUCUCUUCAUGUUCAGUUUGAACAAUUUGGAUUGCGCACUCCUCAGUGCACUAUUCAAGGAACCCUUACCAAACCACAGGAUCCAAAGCGUCUUGUUUCUGUGUGGAGGAAAAGGUUUGGAGAAGAAGUUGAUCAAGAUUUUAUUUACAUUAUUGCCGUGGAUCGGGUACUCCAAUUGGAAGACAUUCAGGAGGAUGGCAUAUGGGUCACCUCUUCAGAUUACAAAAAUGCUCAACCCGAUCCUCUUCGAGACUCUGCACACAACUUAGUCACUGAAAUCAACACCAACAAUAUGGAAGACAUUACUCGCUUUUGCAAUGUCUACGUUGAUUUGGAUUUCCUGGUCUCCGAGGCAAAGAUGCUAUGGGUUGAUCGCUUGGGCUUUGACAUGCGUUUGUCUUCCCCUCACAAAGGUGUGUUUGACGUCCGCAUUCCUUUCCCCAGAGAAGUCACCGAUGAGAAAGGUGCCAAGUCGACGUUUAAUUGUAUGUCACAACUCGCUUGGGAGGUAGAAAGAAACUUCCAACAUCCAGACUUUUCAAAGGUUAAAGAGUUGAAGCCAGUCAAGUCCCCUUUUCUGUAACCAACAUGCCAAUUCUUCAGUUGUUAUCAAACAUCCAUCCUUGGUUAUUUUUCAAAGAAUAUGACCAUGUCUAUCGUGGCUUUGUUUAGUUUUGACUCAUCUAGUGUUGAUGCAAUGUUUGAUGUACUUCUAAGGUGUUUUGUAGCCACAUCAGGAAAAAUCCAAUACACGUUUGUGUUUCAAAACUCUGGUAUUAGGCAAUGCAUUUUGAUAUCAAAUCCGGGUUGAAUGGAUGAACAGGUGUUUGCAUA